CUAUUCUCUCGUGACUAUAAAAGAAUCUUCCCUCCCCCACACACGUUCAGGCACACAAGACGCAGCUGUGAUGGUUUCACAGAGCUGGGUCAUGGACAUGAAAACAAACCCACUCAUGCUGAGGAAAUUCAUGCCUGGGCUGGGAGAAAGAGACAGAGAGAGACAGAGACACAGCCUGAAGCGAGGGAACUCCCUCCCUUCGUCUUUUCCAUCGGGCGGAAUAACAACAAAAGUGUGCACCCAGCGGGCUUUUAGCACCGCUUGCCAGUGAAGCCAAAGCUCCCGCAACUGGGAUUUCAUUUCCAGCAGGAUCAAGAGCCCAGUCGUUAGCAGCCCAUCUUUUACGGGGAGCUUCGCCGUCGAUGGGGUUGGUAAAAAGAGAGCGGCACGACCGAUGUGUUUUUCUUGGCUGUUAAUACCUAGAGAGGAAUUUCAGCAGGCAAAAGAAGACGAGGACACAGUCUGAAGGACACAGUGCUGGUACACAGAAUAAGGCCACUAUGCAAGCCGGAGGACACCCAUGGAGCAACGCCGUGGUGAUCCGACUGACCGUACUGGUCAUCUUGGAGGUCUGGAGGGUGCGGGGCUGUCGGGUCGGCUCCGGGGCCGAGUGUGAGAAAGCCCCCUUUGUGCCGGGUCACAACCUGGCAGGAGAGGGAUUCGAUGUGGUGCGGAUGCGCCGCACGGGGGCCUACGUGAUAAAUGUUAAAGCACAUCUGGCCGACAACCACACCUGUACGCUGUGUCCGAACCGCUUCCAGGAAGGACAGGUGCAGAGGCUCCCGGCCGCAGUGCUCGACUGGCGUCCCCUCAGCCGCUGCAGUAAGCAGCUCUCUAGCGCCCUCCACCACUCUGUGGACUCCCUGCUGCGGAGCUCCAACUCCCUGGUCAACAACAACUGGGGCAUGGGCUUGAGUUUGGAGAACAUCGGCAAGGCGCUGCUGGGAGGAAGUCGCUCGGACUUGGCGAAGUUUGCCCGUUCGCAGCACAGCGUGGACAAGGCCACUUUCGCCACCCAUGAAAUCAGUUGCACCUACUACAGCUACAGACUGGCUGACCAUCCCCAGUUGAGUGCAGAGUUCCUGAAGCACCUAAAGAGACUCCCACAGAGCGUAAACACAACCCAGAACAAAGCCCUCUACAGGCGGCUGAUAGACACCUAUGGCACACACUACAUACACCAGGUCCAUCUUGGGGGUAAGGUGAGGAGGAUCACCGCCUUCAGGACCUGCCUGGCCACAUUGAAAGGUUUCUCAGAGUCGGACAUAAAAAACUGCCUGAAUUUUGAACUACGAAUGGCCCUGGGUUUCCUCCCGGGCAAUGCCUCCUUCUCCAACAAGUGUGAGGACCUACUGAAGGGUAACAUGAGCAUGGGGUUCUACCAGGGCUUCAUGACCCAUAAGAUUGAGGUCAUCGGUGGGGAGAGGUAUUUCCCCGACAUCCUCUACCAGGAGGACCCAUCUGAAGCGUACCAGAACUGGAUGAGCAGCCUGCACGAGAACCCCGACGUGGUGUCUUACGCCAUCUUCCCUCUGCACCACCUGGUGGAGGACUCCCGGGUCAGCGCUAACCUGAAGAGCACCAUCACAGAGUAUAUAAAGGAUAACCAGCUGCAGGAGGACCGGGCCGGUUCCAACAGCUGCUCCCCGACUCCCAACCUGGACCACAACUGCUGUCCCCUGCGGGCCGGCAGGGGCACCCUCGGCCUGGAGAUCCACCGAGCGGCGGGCCUGAGGGCGGACAGCAUCACCAAAACGGACGCGUACGUGAAGAUCUUCUACAACGGCGUGUACGAGGAGACCGAGACGGUGAUGAACGACAACGACCCGUUGUGGAAUGUGACUUACGACUUUGGAUCGGUGGAGCUGGGCCAGGCGUUGAGGUUCGAGGUGUGGGACAGAGACGUGUUUUACAACGACGUAGCGGGUCGAUGCGUGGUCUUCCCCGAGAGAGGAACCCACGCGCUGAGCUGUCAGCUGAGCAAGGGCGUGCUCUAUUUCACCUACACCGUCAAAUGUGAUGCUCACCUGACAGGCUACAGGUGUGGACGGUACUCCCCCAACGCAGAGUAGAUUCCAACAUGGUGUAAAAAAAAAAAAAGUGUCAGAUUUUUUUUUAACAGCUCAUCAUUUCCCCGGCCAUUUCAACUGGUUCGAAUUCCUGUAUUUGUUGAGUCAGUUUUUUUUUGUUUUUUUUUAAUGUAAAUUACUAGAUAUUCCAGUAUUAACUAACCAAAGUUUAGGUCUUUGUGUUUCCACUGCACAUUACAAAAUAAAGUGAUUGUGAUGUAGA